CCGCAGAUCUUAACUCCCCCCACCCCUUCGACUUUGGCUUUCCCAGGUCAUCAGACUGCAAUAUCCCGCGACCGCAAUCCGAGCUAAUAAAUUUGGGAACGGAGCGGGACCGAAAUUGCACGACCCAGCCAAGCCAGAAGGCAAUUUGGCCAAAUUUGCUGGCUCAAGCACGAUGCCCCGCCGACACGCCAAGCCGGCAGUGAUGCCGCCCCAGCCGGCAGCCGGCGUGCAGGAGACGAGCUUUGCCGCCGACGCCGCGCCCGAGCUCGAGGUUCUCGAGCACCGACCCAUCCCCGACGAGCAAAACACCAAAGCUCCAAAGCCGGCUCCGCCGGGGGCCCGCAAAGCCUCGGCGCGCGCGCUGGCCCCCGACCUGCUGCGCGGCGCCCUGACCGUGCUCAUGGCCAUGGACCACAACGCGCUGGCCCUCCGCACCUGGCCGCACGGCACUGCCGUCGACGGCGAGAUAGACUCGGCCGUGGUGCACGAGUGGAACCGCCCCGUAGCCUAUGUCGUCCGCACCCUCUCCCACCUGUGCGCCCCGGGCUUCACCUUCCUGCUGGGCAUGGGCGUCGUCUACUUUGGCCGGUCGCGCACCAGCCUCGGCUGGUCCGCCGCGCAGAUGGCCCGCCACUUUCUCGUCAGGGGCGUCGUGCUGACGCUGACCACCGAGGCCAUAGGCUUUAUCCUGACCCUUGGGCAGCUGUGGUUCUUCAACGUCAUCCUCUUCGCCCUCGGCGUCGACUACUUGCUGGUCGGCCUACUAUGGCUGGCCGUCGCGAGGACCGAGCAGACGCUCGCCUGGGCGCUGCUCAAGGUGUUGCCCAAGCAGGAGAAGGACGACGCGGCCGAGCCGCUCCUGCAGGCGCGCGGCUCGGGGGACGAGCGCGUCGCGCCGGACCGCACUAUCACGCGCGCCGCCGACAUCUCGUGGCACCUGCACAACGUCGCGCUAAUGGCGCUCGCCGUCGCCACCAUCUGGUGGAACAUCUGGCUCAGCCCCACGGGAGGACACUGCGGCGCCGAGCCCCGCCCCUUGCUGCCCGCCAGCAGCUGGGUGCGCGUCUGGUUCUACGAGGUCAAGGGGCCGCGUGUGCUGUCCGGGCUGCCGCCGCUGGCGUGGCUGUCGUUCGCCGUGCUCGGUCUCGUCUACGGCCGCGUCAUCCUCGCGCGCGCCUGGAGCACGCGCGCCAUCGUGGCCGGCAACGCCCUCGCCGGCGCCGCCUUCGCCGUCGCCUUCGUGCUCACGCGCCUGUACCGCUUCGGCAACCUCACCGAGGGCUGCCUGCACAUGCCCGAGCACGACGCGGCCCCCGCUGACGCGAACCAGUUCCUGGUGUCGGCCUAUUCCUUCUUCUACAUCGCCAAGUACCCCCCCGAUGUUUCGUACUGGGCGUUCAGCAUGGCCGGGAACUUCGCGCUGCUCGCCGUCUUUGCCGCCCUGCCGGCCCGCCCUGCCGCCCGCGCGCUCCAGGUCCUGCUCGUCUUCGGCAGCUCGGCGCUGUUCUUCUAUGUCGUUCACUUGUUCGUCAUAUUCGGCUUCGGCGCUGCCUCCAGGGCUCUCAUGGGUAGCCCUGCGUCCUUCCAGGACCCCCUCGACGACGCACCUACCAUUGGUGUCCCCAGCCUGUAUGUCUACUGGGCGCACCUGACGCUGGCGCUCGCCUUGCUGUACCCUCUCUGCCGGUGGUACGGCGCUUUCAAACAGACCAAGGGCCCCAAUUCCAUCUGGAGGUUCUUUUAGAUCCCGAGCA